UAAGCCCAGGAUAUUUUUUUGUAGGGGAUUUCAUGCUCUACAAAAAAGGUUUCUUAUGAUUUUUUGAUAAAUCUAUCUGUUCAAGUUAUGGAAGCUUGAAAUCAAAUUUAUAGUAAAUUUCGAUGAGUGUGAAUGUAGUUAACAAUCAACAUUUAAAAAAUUUUGGAAGAAAUAAUUAAAAUAUAAGGACAAUAAAAAUUAAAAAAUAUGCAUGUAUGUAAUUGAAAAAUUGGAACCCGCAUUUUUUUUAAUUUCAUUAUUUUAAUUUAUUUAUUUACUUACUUAAGAGAUCGAUUGAUGUCGAGCAAAACACUAUUUUUUUAAGAGCUUGACAUUGAAAUAGAAAUAACUAAAAAAAAAUUUUCGAGGUUUAUUUGUAGAGAAUAAACCGUCUUCAAAAUUAUUCCAUGUCAUUUUGUGAUAAGUUCGUUAGUUUUGCUGUAAACGUAAAAAGAUCUCGAAAUUCACUAUAAAUUUGACUUCAAGCUUCCAUACCUUUUGAACAGAUAGAUUUAUCAAAAAAUCAUAAGAAACCUUUUUUGUAGAGCAUGAAAUCCCCUACAAAAAAAUAUCCUGGGCUUAUUUUGUUAAUACGCAAUUAACGAGGUAUCGAGUUCAAAACUUAAAAUUUCGAUUGACUGAGCAUAUUGACCACUUAAUUUAGAAUAGAAAAAACAUGAAAUCAUGCAUACGUAGCUCUUGGAAAGAGAAAAAGAUAGCAUGUUUAAUUUUUUAUCUUUAAAAUAAUUUUUCUUACUCAUAUGCUUAGUUAAAAAAUUCGAAAUAUUUGUUAUUAUUUUUUAAAAAUAGACAGCAAUUUUCGAAAAUAAAAAAAUUGCACUUCUAGAUAAUAAAAAAACGAAGAGGUUAAGUAUAUAACAACUUGUACCCGGUACCAGUAAGCAACUGAAAUACAAAAUGCCGAGAAUAAUGAUUAAAGGAGGCGUUUGGCGAAACACUGAGGAUGAAAUCCUCAAAGCCGCUGUCAUGAAAUAUGGAAAAAAUCAAUGGAGUCGUAUUGCAUCACUUCUACAUCGUAAAUCCGCCAAACAAUGUAAAGCUCGAUGGUUCGAAUGGCUUGAUCCUAGCAUUAAAAAAACCGAGUGGAGCCGUGAAGAAGAUGAAAAACUUUUACAUUUAGCUAAACUUAUGCCCACUCAGUGGCGAACUAUUGCUCCUAUAAUUGGCCGUACAGCAGCUCAGUGUCUAGAAAGAUAUGAAUAUCUAUUAGAUCAAGCCCAAAAGAGGGAAGAAGGUGAGGACGGAAUAGAUGAUCCGAGAAAACUUAAACCUGGUGAAAUAGAUCCUAAUCCUGAAACAAAACCAGCACGGCCUGAUCCAAAAGAUAUGGAUGAAGAUGAGUUGGAAAUGUUGUCAGAAGCUCGUGCUCGGCUGGCCAACACUCAAGGAAAAAAGGCUAAACGUAAAGCUCGAGAAAAACAGCUGGAAGAAGCAAGGCGAUUAGCUGCACUUCAGAAAAGACGAGAGUUACGGGCUGCUGGCAUUACAGUAUCGCAAAAAAAUAAACGAAAACGUGGUGUCAAUUACAACUCUGAAAUACCUUUUGAGAAACGUCCUGCUUUGGGAUUUUAUGAUACCGCAAACGAACACGUUGAUCCUCUUGCGGCUGAUUUUAGUCACAUGAGACAGCAACACUUAGAUGGUGAAUUGCGAACAGAAAAAGAGGAAAUAGAACGCCGCAAAGAUAAGCAAAAGCUUAAGCAACGUAAAGAAAAUGAUAUACCCAUGGGAAUGCUGAAUAAUGAAGAACCACUACGGAAAAGAAGCAAAUUAGUGUUACCUGAGCCUCAAAUAUCUGAUCAGGAACUUCAACAGGUAGUAAAACUCGGACGCGCUUCUGAAAUAGGCCGGGAAAUCGCUAGUGAGAGUGGAAUAGCAGCAUCAGAAAGUUUAUUAGCAAAUUAUUCUUUAACUCCAAAUGUUCCUGUAACACCACGGACCCCAGCAAUUACGGAUCGUGUUCUUCAAGAAGCCCAAAAUGUUAUGGCUUUAACUCAUGUUGAUACACCUCUUAAAGGUGGACUGAAUACUCCUUUAAAUAAUGUUGAUUUUAAUAGUGUUGUACCUACCCCUAUGGCAAUUGCCACUCCAAAUACUAUUUUAGCAACGCCAUUUAGAUCACAGCGUAGCGAUGGUACACCUCUUAACAACACAUUUAGUACACCCGGAUCAGCAAGAACACAAAGUAACACCACAAAUAGUUCAUCAGCUGCACCAAUUCGCGAUAAAUUGAAUAUUAUUUCAAAUGAUGAUCUUGAUAAUUCUGAAGCUUUAGUAUUGCAUAAACAACAUAAACGACAAAUGCAAGCUGACUUUAGUACUGUACCUGUACCUAAAAAUGACUAUCAAAUAGUUAUUCCUGAAGAAGAAACGAACAAUGAAGAGAUUGAUAAUUCAGAUCGUAGUUUCAUUGAAGAUCAGGCAGAUGUUGAUUCCCGGAAGCAACAAGAACUAUUGGAGCUACGAAAACGAGAGCUCGAAAAAAGAUCGCAGGUUAUACAAAAAGAUUUACCUCGGCCAGUCGAAAUAAAUAUGAAUAUCUUACGGACAUCUACAGAUGCUUCAUUAACUGAUUUCCAACGAGCCGAAGAAUUAAUCAAGAGAGAAAUGAUCACUAUGAUGCAGUAUGAUGCACUGCAAAAUCCCAUACAGCCUAACAUUAAACGCAAUACCGCUUUAUCACAAGCACAAUUAUAUUUAGAACAACAUCCAUAUCACGAUUUUAAUAAAGAAGAGUUAGAUAAUGCCCGAAAAUUAUUAGGAGAUGAAAUGGCAGUAGUACGUGAUGGCAUGGCACAUGGAGAUCUUAGUUUAGAUGCUUAUACAACUGUUUGGGAAGAGUGUCUAUCACAAAUUCUCUAUUUGGAAACCCAAAAACGAUAUACACGCGCAAAUUUGGCAUCCAAAAAAGAUCGAGUUGAGUCAUUUGAGAGGAAACUCGAGGAAAAUCGCAUACACAUGACAGGAGAAGCUAAACGGGCGGCGAAAAUGGAAAAAAAACUUAAAAUUUUGACUGGUGGAUAUCAAACUCGGGCUCAAGUUCUAACGAAACAACUUCAUGAUUUAUUAGAUCAAAUUGAACAGGCACAGCUUGAGCUUUCGACAUUUAAAUUUUUGAAAACUCAAGAAGAAGCUGCCAUUCCACGUCGUAUCGAUUCCCUGGUGAAUGAUGUUGAUAAACAGGUUGUACGAGAAAAAGCAUUGCAAACUAAUUUCGCUAAUCUCCAAGACCAACUGAAACAACUAGAUAUAUAGGAACAAAAGUAAAAAAAAUUUAUAUUAUUUCAAUUCUUUAUAUUCAUCUUUAAACCACUUUUUUUUGUAAUUCCAAUCAAAUUUCAAUAAAAAUUCUAAAAAGUCAAAUAAAU